ACGGUAAGGUUUAUAAUUUUUUCUAUCCGAUAAGUCUAUUAAUAUUAACGUGCACUUUUCAAAUUCAGUUCGUUAUAGUCCUUAUUUCACCCGUUCUCAGGCUCGUUCUUAGGCUAGUUCUCAAGCUUCCCAGACUACAGAUACACGAGAUAACAUCAUCAACUCACCUUCACAACCUGAGAAAAAGAAAAUUACUAAAGACCACCUUCUUGCUUUACCCUAAGUAGAGUCAGCGGAACAAUACACUGGAUCAAGAGAAAUCAUUCUAAAAACAAAUGUAUCGCUUGAUAGCUAUCUUCAAUAUCGUGACAGUGGCCCAAACCUUCCAGUUCGUAUAUAUUUAAAUAACGGUACGAUUAAAGCAUAUGAGGUACCUACCUCUCCUCAUUCAACCGCAGCAGGAAUUAUCAUGGAUGAAUUAUAUGCUUGGAUCAUCAAAAUUUGAGGUAUGGAACUGCUGCGACUUUUAUUCUGGGCGCAAAUUCUUCAAAGGAGUCCGAUUCUUGGCGUCAGAUAACUUGGGAAAUCCGUAUCCGUCAAUGAUCAUCGAAGUUUGCAACACUCAAAGUCUUCCUGAUCACCACCAAAAAGUGGCUCUUUAUUUUUCUCUGCGCACAACAAUCCCAAAUCGUAUUGGUAAUUAAAAUAUUCCAACCUAGAGUAAACAAUACUUUGGUUUUAAUUGCCGCAAAAUUCUUACGAACAAGCUCGACCCCGCUGAUUCCAGUUGGUUUUGGACAACGAGUCCGGAGAGAACAACUUUAAACUAUAUUACCAACACCAUGGGUGUU